CUCACUCAUUGGUAAUCUAUUAGCAAAGCCUGGGCUGCUUAGUGACGUAAUAAGCCAGCGCCGGUAGUUCGCAUCGUGCAGGAACUAUGGAGGCAUUGGAGAGGCAGUCUGUAAAACGUAAAGGAGGGAGAGAUGGUUUGGGGAGACAGUAUGGAGGCAUUGGCGUUAAAAAAGCGGUGCAAGGAAUCGGUCACCCAGAUGUUGGGCAGAGGAAAUCCGCGAUGAAGGACAGAAAAGGCUCAGGGAAAGCGAAGAAGCAUUGGAGACCGCAGAAGCAAAGUGUGAUGGCAGGCAGUCAGAAGGAAGGAAAAGGAUUUUCUUUGUGGCGAAAACAAAAGAUCCAGCUGGAAUAUAAAAAACUACUGAGAAAACAAAAGAAGGCCAGUACUGUUAAUGAAGAUCGGUACAAAGACAAUUACCCUGAACACUUGAAGCACCUGUACCUCGCUGAGGAAGAAAUGCUGAAAAAGCAGGAAAAGAGCAAGAAACAGAGAGCUAAUGUAAACCCAGAAGUUUUGGAAGAAGAACCUGUUGUUGUGUCACGCAGGAAAUUGAAAAAGAAGACCUCCAAUCAGAAAGCAAAAGAAGAGUAUGAAAAAGUACAGCUUGAGCGCGCAAGGAAAAGAGCGGAAGCAGAAAAACGAAGAAAACAAAGGGAGGAAGCACAAGAGCUCUACAGGAAAAGGAAAAUGGAAUCGUAUAAAGUACUCAGUACAAAAACCAAGAAAGGGCAGCCGAACUUUAAUGUGCAAAUGGAAUACCUUCUCCAGAAGAUACAAAAGAAGUCCUGAUAGCUUUCAUAAUAUCUAUGCAUUAUAAUUGGGUGCUCAUGUUUUCGCUCUCUUGAAAAUAAAGACUUUUUAUGUA